AAAAGUCGAUGCUCUCUGUUGUGGACCAUUGGUCGACGUGUUUCACAAGUCUUAGUAAGUAUUCCUUUCACAUCUUCUCACAUCCGACCAUGAGUCCAGUACUUAAGCUUUCUGUCGUCUGCCUGGUUCUUGCAGUGGCGGCGCUGAUGACGCAUACGUCGGAGGCCAACUUCGUGGGUGACUGCUGGGACACGUGGAGCCGUUGCUCUAGGUAAGAUAACGAGAUGGACCAAAACUUUUCUGGUAAUUAAUAUUUUUUUCUUUUUGUUCCUUUUUUGUUUUUGUUUUUUUUGGUUGUUGCAUAGGCGCCAGCGUAACAAGACGGGUGAUGGGGGAGGGGGCAGAUCGUCCCAGUUAGCCAUUUUUUUUUUGUAGGUGCAUUUUUGAUCCACUUCAAGUUUUAUAAAAGUUUAUGCAUGUGUACGGGAUUAGUACGUUUUAGUACGUACGCGAUCUUGUGUUGCAUUUGGGAUUAAGGAUUACGAUAAAUUCGGGAUUAGUUUGUUGUCCUUAAUACGGGAUUAGUUGGUUGUCCUAAAUAUGGGAUUAGUGGGUUGCGAUGCACACAGGAGUAGUGGGUUUUGAGACACGCACUGGAUAGAGGGUUAGGAUUCACAAAUGAUUAGUAUGCUUAGAUACACACGAGAUCAGUGGGUUGAGGCACAUACGGGAUUAGUAUGCUGAGAUACACACGAGAUCAGUGGGUUGAGGCACAUACGGGAUUAGUAUGCUGAGAUAUAGACGAGAUUAGAGGAUAGAUAUGCAUUCGUGAUAAGGGGCAUGUGAAAAGACACGGGAUUCAUGUGUUGACAAACAACUCAUCACCUGAAACGUGGGCCAACUUCCCUACAUAUAACAACAUGCUUCUUUUAGAUAACUUCUACGUUUUGCUCCGCCCCUGCUUAAUCCCAAUGAUUGAUUAUCUUCGUCAUUCCCCCCAGCUGGAGCAGUUUCCUCACUGGCAAAGCUUGGUCCUCCUGCCAGGAGAGGUGUCGUCAACUCGGCUACAGAUCCGGGAACUGUGUGCUGUCCUCCUCGAACUGUCCUAUUGCCAGGAAAGCACAGCAGUGCAAGUGUUCCCGAUAGACAGAUGUCAUCACGUGGACGAUCUAACUCUAUAAAUGGUCUUAUGUUCUUCAAUAAUUUGCAAUUGCCAUUGUAAACUAAUAAAUGAUAAAACAAACUUUAUUGUUCAAAGAAAUGUGUGCUGUAAAUUUCAAUAAUAUUUUUAAAAUAAAUUUCCUUGAGAAAAUA